AUGAGGCUCUCCGUCCGGAUCGCGUCCGCCACCCUUCUGAUUCUCGCCAUCGUCCUGAUCAAACGCCAUCUCGAUGGCCUUCAGGAUGACGCCCGAGUUCAGUCGGCCUUCUGGCAUUGGGAUUUCUUCAAGAACCCUCAGUCCGCCUCCCCCGACCACUCCAGUCCCCCCAAUCCAGACAUCAUCAACCAGUCGGCCUUGGACGAACCCCCGGAGCGUCCCCCACCCACCUACGAGACCACUCCCAUUAUCGUCCCCAAUGACCGGGUCAUCGUGAUCGCCAAACUGGCCUCCGAGGAUACGUCAUGGGUGAGCAACGAUCUGGCCGAAUGGCGCAACGUCAUCUACACCGUCGACGACACCAAUGCGCCCCGUCAUACCCCCAAGAACAAGGGCCGCGAAAGUCUCGCCUACCUGCAGUACAUCGUCGAGCAUUACCACGAUCUCCCUGCCACCAUUGUCUUUGUCCACAGUCACAAGGACGGCUGGCCCGCCGCCUGGCAUACUGAUACCCUCGACUACAGCAAUGUUCAGUCCAUUCGCUCCCUGCAGACCGAUUUUGUCCAGCGAAACGGGUACGCCAAUCUACGCUGUCAAGAAACCCCGGGCUGUCCGGACGAAAUCCGCCCGUUCCGCGAACCCCGGCCCGGCAAAGCCUCCGAAAAAGCCUACGCCCAGGCCUGGGAGGAGCUCUUCAACAACACCGACGUGCCCGAGGUGAUCGGUGUCCCGUGCUGUUCGCAGUUCGCCGUGUCGCGCGACCAGGUCCUGAAGCGUUCCCUGGACGAUUACGAGCGAUACUACAACUGGGUGUUGACGAAUAAAUUGUCCGACGAUGUGACCGCCCAUAUUAUGGAGUAUACCUGGCAUAUCAUCUUCGGGAUGGAUCCGGUGUACUGCCCUGACGCCUUCCAAUGCUACCAAGAUGUCUACGGCGACCAAUAUUUCUGGUAA